AUGAAGAAACCAAAAAAGCACAAAAUUCACAAAAAUUCACAAAGACUUACAAAGAAACACAAAAUAGCACAAAGCAACAAACUUAGACAGAACCCCACUUCGUCUCAUUCAAACCUAUCCACUUCUUCUCAUUCACCUUACCUUCUCUCGCUAUUUCACAUCCACACACCCGCUCCCAAAACAAAACUUCGCACCGCGACCACUCCAAUAAUGGCCAACCCCAUCUCUGUUACGUCGUCACGGCACACCACCAGCCUUGAUGGCGCCCUCAGUGGCCACCUCCAAAACUCCUUUAUAGGCACAGGAAACCCUGGAGUGCUGGUGAUGAGCAGGGUGCUUAUGUCGUUGAGAUCAGGAAUCGACACCGAAAUCGUUUGGGCACUUUCAACUUUAACCGAAUAUUCCUCAACCAAUACCAGUCUUCUCAACCUUGAAAGUGCAGAAUUUGUAGGCCAUGAACUCAUGAACUAUUUUUUCCGUCCCUAUGCUCUUAUAAAUGAGGGAAACCCAGUCACGAGAGCUCAAAUCUCCCAGAGUUGUGAUGCGUUAUUAUCAUUGAGAAACCUCUGUCAAGAUUUGAUCAACCAACAGUGGCUCUCACAGUCCAAAGCGUUCAAGAAACACGCUACCGAGGUGGUCAAGUUUUGUUCUGGCUGGCUUUAUGGCUCCACAGUGCAUGAACCUCAUCUUCAACCUUUUGAAAAUGAGUUCAUUGAAACUUUUAACCAUUUGUUGGACCUUUUGGAGAUCUUGAGUUGCUACUACAUUGAUAACACGAAGAACGACCAGCUUGUGCAACAGAUUUUGGCGCUUUCCUUGGUGGCUAGAGAGAAAAACGUGGUGGUAAGCACCUUGACCAUCUUGACCCAUUUACUCUACACUCGUGACGAUAAACCCGAAGAUGACGUGGAAAAAACUCCUAAUAACUGCAUCGAUGCUAUCACGAUCAACCACCUCGAAACCUUCGCAAACUACCUCCUUAUUGCUGAUAACGAACUUGCGUUAGCUGCCCUCAAUUUCUUCAACCAAUACUUAUCGUCUGAUACGUUUCACCCAUCCCACGCCCACUCAGUGAGGUCUUCUAGGGGCGAGCGACUCUCUCUAUUAUUACAGCUCAAAUCCACAAAGACGAUUUUCGAGAUUUUUGUCAAACAACUCCCACGGCUUAUCGUCCAAGACCUCCCACUUAGUGGCGCUCCGGCUGUCCCCGUGGCCAGCUUGUCACGCCGGUCGCAACACUCGAGCAUCCCUUCGCAAUUGCCCCAUCUCCCCAGUGAGUUAUACGACGUUAUUGUAAAAUUUCCUGAACCGUUGAGAGCAACUACAUGGCUAAGAUGCUGCUACGAGCCGUAUUUCGAAACCACCACCACUGCUUCUGGCCAAACCGACGUCAUUCCGGGAGAAGUUACGCAAAUCUCAUUGUGGAAGGCAUACGAAAAACAGUUUGAACAGGUAUGGCAGACCGCCAAAACCCGUCCAAAUCCAGAUUGGCCACCACUUUUGCCGGCAGUUGACUUUAUCAAGAACGUCAAUUCGGCAUUCCCCAACUCCGAGGCCAUGGUAGUGACUUUGGAUGCAGAGGGAGAUCAGCCUGCAAAGAAAAAGUUUAUUAUUAAAGGCAUCCAGCCCAGACAAUUUGUGGUGAAUAUCGAUGUUGCCAACUACGAAGCUUUGAAGCAAAAGUCGGCGUCAACUUUGACCAACACCUCAAAUGGAAGUCUUCCCAUAGGGCAUAUUGACCAAGAAAAAUUUCAACACACAUUGAAACAAAAAAUUGAGCAGACUCUCACGCAAAACUCCAAUGCCAUUCCGCCACUUGCAAAGGGAAAUCCAGUCAAUACCGUAAGCGUUGAAUUGAUGCUGCGGGUGUUCAGCGAAGUAAUUCAAACCGACGAUUCGGGUGAACUAGGCAACGUUUUCCGGGUGUUCAAUAGUUACUGGCUCCCUGACGUGGUGUAUGCCAACCCUGCUCUUGUGCAGCAUGGCUACAUCGACGGAAAAUGGCUUGGAUAUCUCCUUUAA